UGCGGGGAUAGUGUCACUCAGACGAGGUGUAUUACCAAAACUAGCAGCAAGUGCAUGUGUGCGUGUGCGUGUGCGUGUGUGUGUGUGGGACCGAGGCGGCAUUAAUAUUAUUAUUGAGGGCUGUAUCAACGCCAGCUUUGCAUGGUCCACAACGCGGAGACUGUUCGCCACCAGCCCAAAAUGUCAAGGCAUCACAGAACCACUUCGAGAAAUGCGAACAACAUUAUCGAGGUCAAAAGCAAAUUUGACGCAGAGUUCCGAAGGUUUGCCCUGAAGCGUUCCAGCGCGGGAGGCUUCCAGGAAUUCUACCGGCUGAUUCAGUCGGUCCAUCAGAUUCCCAGCGUGGACUUGCUAAUGGGAUAUACAGACAUCCAUGGGGAUUUACUGCCAAUCAACAAUGACGACAACUACCACAAAGCCCUGUCCUCUGCCAACCCGCUGCUCAGGAUCAUCAUCCAGAAGAGAGCGGAAGCCGACACUGGGGUUUUUGCCACCAACUCCCUGCAGCGCAGGAAGAAGGGACUCCACGGGCUGCGGCCGGUGCACAAGUCCAAGCCACACCUCCUGAUCGGGCUCCCACAGGACUUCCGGCAGAUCUCCUCCAUCAUCGACGUGGACAUCCUGCCCGAGACCCACCGGCGCGUGCGUCUGCACAAGCACGGCUCGGACAAGCCCCUUGGCUUCUACAUCCGCGAUGGGCUUAGCAUGCGGGUGACCCCCCAGGGAGUGGAGAAGGUGCCAGGGGUGUUCAUUUCUCGGCUGGUGCGCGGCGGGCUGGCGGAGAGCACGGGGCUGCUGGCGGUCAACGACGAGAUCUUGGAGGUGAACGGCAUUGAUGUGGUGGGCAAGUCCCUGGACCAGGUGACGGACAUGAUGGUGGCCAACAGCCACAACCUCAUCGUGACGGUCAAGCCGGCCAACCAGCGGAACAACGUGGUCCGGAGCAGCAAGGCCUUGGGCAGUUCAGGCUUCUCCAACAACAGCACCCCCAGCCCGGUCUCGCACUACAUCAGCAACUACUGCACGGCCGAGGGGGAGAGCGACGACGAGGGAGACCUGAUCAUCGAGAGCGACGGCCUGCCCCCCUACCUGCCCGCCGGCUUCGUCAACGGGGACCACCCGGGCCUGCUGCGCAGCUUCCAGCAGAGCACCUCCCUGCACAGCUCGCUGUCUGACAGCAAGGCCUCGCUCAGCUCCACGAACACUCACAACGGCAGCCCUGGCAAGAUCAACACGAGCCAGGAGAGCAUGCGGGAGGACGGCAACAUCAUCACGCUAUAACGCUCGCGGACGCAGCCUUUCUUUCUUUUAUUCUUUCUUCUUUUCUUCCUCUGCCGCAAGGGACUGCCGAUUCUCUACAUGCUGCUGGGGUGCGCUCUUUCCCAGGUAACCUUUGGGAGGCUGACUCAGUCUGUUUGGAGGUGAGGGAAAGGGUGGCGCACCGUGCUUCAUCCUGGAAUCUGGAAGGAGAGGGGCGACGGCACUGCUGCAAGCUUUCCUUCAGAGGUCUGAUUCAGAAUAUAAAUCUGGAAGAAAACCGAAUUAAAGCACUGGAAGAGUCUGCUUCUUAGGAGGGUUGGUCUGGGCCUGCUCCCCUACAGGACAGGCUGUUAAUGAACUAAACAGUCUGGGUAUGUUAACCCUAACAAGAUAGGGGGCGCUCUGUUCUUCUCGGGUAUUUAUAGAUGUCUCCUUUUGAAAAGCCAUGCACGUUAUGUUUUAUUUGGUUCUUCCAUCCCAGUUUAUUUGCUUGGUUACUGUGCACAUGUGACUGAAGACAAGGGGACCUGGCUUACAACCAUUGGUUAUUCUGUGUUAUAUACAUUAGGUUUCCAGAUCCUGUAUCGCACUGGGGAUCUUCUGUUGCAGGGCUGGUAUUGUGGAAAUGGGAUUAAGCUAAUACAGCUGACUGUUUCAUUGUGCGGCUCCCUAAAUAAUAAUCAUAAAAAAGUUGAUGCAUUUUAUUUUAUUUCUUAAUCACAAAAAGGUAAAUAGUCAAAAUACAUAAUGCCUUCUCAGUAAAAAAAAAAAAAAAAAACCCAAAAAAACAAACAAAAAACAUGAAUGUACAU